AUGCCGAGAAGAUCUGUGGAAGAUAUCGCCUGUUUACAAUGGCAAGUGCGCUUGCAAAGCUUCAGAAUCACGCGCCCUUGGACUCAACUCGCUUAUAAUUAUACGGAAAAGUACCAGAUUUGCCUAAAAGACAGGAGAUCUUCUUCUUUCAUUUAUUCAACUCUUUUGGUCUUUCUUUUAUCCACUGGAAUAAUAUCCUCCCAAGAAUUCUCUGAGAUCUCUCGUUUGGAAAGGAUGUCUCCUACCUUGGAUGCUCAUCAAAAUGAAACAUUAAAACAUCACGACUCCGGUUCGUCAUUGUUUGAAAUUGAAGACACUAAUUUGUCUAGAUUACUGGACAAACCUAGACCUCUUAGUAUAGAAAGGAAGAGAUCAUUUGAUGAGAGAUCCUUCAGUGAAAUGUCAAUUUCAUCCCCACCCCGCCAGUUUUAUAGAAAUAGUGAGAACUCAUCGCGUGUUUUUGACAAUUUUGGAAGUCUUUAUUCUUCGGGCAGGUCUAGUGUUGGUACUCCUAGAUCAGUUACUUGUGUGGAGUCACAUCCUAUAUUUGCCGAAGCUUGGGUGUUUUUGCAGCGGUCAAUAGUCCAUUUUCGUGGGCAACCAGUGGGGACUAUUGCUGCAUUGGAUCAUUCUGCUGAAGAACUUAAUUAUGACCAGGUCUUUGUCAGAGAUUUUGUCCCUAGUGCUCUGGCUUUCUUGAUGAACGGUGAACCCGCAAUCGUUAAGAAUUUUCUACUCAAAACCCUGCGGCUCCAAUCAUGGGAGAAAAAGGUAGACCAAUUCACUUUAGGGGCAGGGGUGAUGCCAGCAAGCUUUAAAGUGCUUCAUGACCCCGUUAAGAACUACGAAACUAUAAUUGCAGAUUUUGGAGAAUGUGCUAUUGGUCGAGUGGCUCCUAUUGAUUCGGGUUUUUGGUGGAUUAUUUUGUUGCGUGCAUAUACUAAGUCUACCGGGGACACUACUUUGGCCGAAUUACCCGAAUGCCAAAGGGGCAUUAGACUUAUCUUGAAUUUAUGUCUGUCAGAAGGCUUCGAUACAUUCCCAACCUUAUUGUGCGCUGAUGGAUGCUGCAUGAUUGAUCGGAGAAUGGGUGUUUAUGGGUAUCCAAUUGAGAUACAAGCACUGUUCUUUAUGUCCUUGAGAUGUGCUUUAAAUCUACUUAAGAAUGAUGACGAGGGCAAGGAGUGUGCAGAUAGAAUUUCUAAACGCCUACAUGCUCUAAGCUAUCACAUGCGAAGUUACUUUUGGCUCGAUAUUAAACAACUUAAUGACAUAUAUCGUUACAAGACAGAGGAGUACUCACAUACUGCAGUGAACAAAUUCAAUGUAAUGCCUGAUUCCCUCCCUGAUUGGGUAUUUGAUUUUAUGCCAACUCGUGGUGGUUAUUUUAUCGGUAAUGUAAGUCCUGCAAAAAUGGAUUUCCGUUGGUUUUGCUUGGGUAACUGCAUUGCAAUUUUAUCAUCUUUGGCAACUCCCGAGCAAGCUUCAGCCAUAAUGGAUCUUAUUGAAUCGCGUUGGGAUGAGCUUGUUGGAGAAAUGCCACUCAAGAUUUGUUAUCCAGCCAUGGAAAGUCAUGAAUGGCGUAUAGUAACAGGCUGUGAUCCAAAGAACACAGGCUGGAGUUACCACAACGGUGGUUCGUGGCCAGUCCUUUUAUGGCUCCUGACUGCAGCCUGCAUCAAGUCUGGACGACCCCAAUUAGCGAGACGUGCCACUGAACUUGCUGAAGCACGUUUGUUGAAAGAUCAUUGGCCAGAAUACUACGAUGGAAAGCACGGACGAUACAUCGGUAAGCAGGCACGUAAGAACCAGACAUGGUCCAUUGCUGGUUAUUUGGUGGCUAAGAUGAUGCUUGAAGAUCCCUCCCAUUUGGGCAUGAUAUCACUUGAGGAAGACAAACAGAUGAAGCCCCAAAUGAAAAGAUCUGCCUCGUGGACGUGUUGA